AUGGCUAAAAGUGAAAAAGAGAAAAAGAAGGCACUGGAGGCCAAGGAUGCCCGGAGAAAUGCCCGUGAUAUCCAAACACCCGCACCUACCGAAGUGGGCUCCGAAUCCGAAUCUCAACAAGCUGAAUCCUCGAGAGCACAAGAAUUGAUAAAGGCUGGUGGAGAUAAAAAAGGCAAAACUCCUGAGCGGACAAGAUCUGAAUCUCCACAAGCUGAAUCCUCGAGAGCACAAGAAUUGAUAAAGGCUGGUGGAGAUAAAAAAGGCAAAACUCCUGAGCGGACAAGAUCUGAAUCUCCACAAGCUGAAUCCUCGAGAGCACAAGAAUUGAUAAAGGCUGGUGGAGAUAAAAAAGGCAAAACUCCCGAACCAAGGAGGCAGUAUGCUAGAAGUCCAACCCGUGCAGGUGACUUUGCCCCAAAUGCGAGUGAUUACGAGUCAGAUGGCGAAACGGAUCUCGACAGCGAUUAUUCUGAUCAAGAUGUUCCCAUGGAAGACAAGCUACAGCCACUGAGUCGCUGGGUCAAGGAUGUCAUUCGAAGCGAGGCAUUGAGAGAGUCAGGAAGAAUGGUUGAGGGGUUUUUUACAUCUGACAACCCCUCGUACGAAGAAUGUUCGGUAUUCUUUCAAAGGCUAAACCAAAAAGUUCGAGGGGCCAACGACCAGCAUGAUGUCAUGGACCUUGAUACUGGUACUAUCCCCGAGACUGGCUACAAUGCCCUAUGCCAGGCCUUCCAGCAAGCAGCAAAGAAAGCCGUCGACAAUAGCUCCCCAGAGGAGUUUUGGGAGGCUUACAAUAACACCUAUGAUCUUUUAACGAGGUUCAACAAACGACAUUGUCUCCCUAAGUCCUGGAAUAUUAGUGAACUGUGGGCCGAGAAUUGGAUUGGGUCACCGAAUCCUAGGAUUAGGAUUGAUGAAGAUACCAGCUCCACUUCUGAUAGCGACAUCCAGGCUGGCGACAUCCAGGCUGACAAGACCAGUGAAGAAUCUAGUGCCGAAUCGGACAUUGAUAUUGACAGUGAUCAUCAACCCACAGGGCUUGAUGCUUUAGAAGUGAGAACCAAUAAACAGCAACGCCAAUUGAACUCAGCCAAAGUAUUGUAUUGGUGGCCCAAAGGCACUGGCUCUCAGAUAUUUGUGCGCUACGGAAGUAGGUCUACGCCGAUCUAUCGCAUUCGUGCUGGGUCACAUGAGAGCUACAACCCAAGUCAGGUAGAACGGGUUUUGACCAUGUUGACUCGCGGCACCGCUAAGGUAACCGGGACCAAGAACGGGCUUCCUGAAGAGUUUUGGAAAUAUCAACGAAGAGACGUGGAAGACUUGGUUGGCAUCGGUUGGAAGGUCGAAGAGGACGAUGAGCAGGGUCUUAAUCCUCUCAACUUGCUCCUGCCCGCUAAAGACAUAGUCUAUCCACAAACUCGGAUUCUUGUCAAAUGGAAAGACGGUCGUUUUACUCUAGAAGGGCGAUCCUUCAUCCGCCGUAUCACAACGGGCUCGGCUUUGGACGGUGAUAGGGUGAUUUAUCAAAGGGCCGAAGAGCUCGAGGAUUCUUACCGCAAAAAGCAUGGGUUGUUUGAUAUCGAAGAUGAUGACUUCGAAGAUGAUGACUUCGAAGAUGAUGAUAUCAAUACCGAAAGCGACAGCUCAACUCAGUCAAAUAAGGCUCGCAACAGAAGACACCGUAGCGAACCAGCUCGCUACUCGAACCCACGCAGCCAAAGCUCCAGGCACCGUAGCGAACCAGCUCGCUACUCCAGUCCACACAGCCAAAGCUCCAGGCACCGUAGCGAACCAGCUCGCUCUUCGAACCCACGCAGCCAAAGCUCCAGGCACCGUAGCGAACCAGCUCGCUCUUCGAACCCACGCAGCCAAAGCUCCAAGCACCGUAGCGAACCAGCUCGCUCUUCGAACCCACGCAGCCAAAGCUCCAGGCACCGUAGCGAACCAGCUCGCUCUUCGAACCUACGCAGCCAAAGCUCCAGGCACCGUAGCGAACCAGCUCGCUCUUCGAACCCACGCAGCCAAAGCUCCAAGCACCGUAGCGAACCAGCUCGCUCUUCGAACCCACACAGCCAAAGCUCCAAGCACCGUAGCGAACCAGCUCGCUCUUCGAACCUACGCAGCCAAAGCUCCAGGCACCGUAGCGAACCAGCUCGCUCUUCGAACCCACGCAGCCAAAGCUCCAAGCACCGUAGCGAACCAGCUCGCUACUCCAGUCCACACAGCCAAAGCUCCAGGCACCGUAGCGAACCUGCUCGUCACUCGCAUUCACGCCGCAAACAGAGUCCAACCCAAUUUGAGGACAGUACCGAUGAAGAUAGCGACGUCGUCCGCAACCCACCGGCCAGUGAAAGACCACGUAAAGUGCGAUGGAUACGUUGA